GUGAAAUUUCGUGACAGCAAGAUCUAUAAUGUUGUAAAUUUAAAUAGUAUGAUUGCUUAUUAUUAAAAAUUAAUAAUUUUAAUUGAUACGCAGUCGCAUUGGUUUUUGAUAUGAAAAUUUUAAAAUAUUAAUAAAUACAUGUAUUAUUAUAGGAAUUAUAUAUUUAAAUAUUAAAAUACAAAUUGUACAUAAAACUAUAUAUGAGGAUUUUUAAAGCUUCUGAUAGAUUGAAUAAAUAUAAAUGAAUAGGAAUAUAUAGAAUUUUCUGCAAAAAUGAGUGAAAACAGUGGUCUUGAUGAUGCAAAGACUGACAAGGAGUCUAAUGAAGUAGAUAAAUGUAUAGAAAAUGAGUCUAGUAAAGAGGUUGAAAAUCCUAUCGAGGAAGUGUCAAAAACAUCUGUUGUAGUCAAUAAUGAUUGCACUGAUAACGCAAACUCAACUAUUUUUAACGCGGAAGAAACAAAUGAAAGAAAUGAAGAAGAAGAUUCUAUAGCAGAGAAUGAAGAAUUACAAGUAGUUAAAAAUGUUAAAAAAUUUUCAAGGAUAAUAGACAGCGACUCUGAGGAUGAAGAUACAUUUAAUUCAAAGACAAAAGAAAUUACUAGUCUUAAUAAUCUUUUUGAAGAUAAAAAACAUUCAAAUGAAAAAAGUUCUAAAAAACUUUUUGAUAGCGAUACCGACGAUGAUACGUAUGUAAGCUUAAAUAAGAGCAAUACAGAAAGAAUUUUGAAUGAAGAAAAGGCACAAACUGGAUUUCGAACUCUGAUAGAUUCGGACACGGAAGAAGAAGAAAUAAAUGAAACGCAUUUGGAUCGCGUGGAAGGCAAAGAACCCAAACAGCAAAAGGAACAUGGUGAAUCCUCGAAGAGAAAAGUAUCAUUGAGAGCUAGUAAAGAAGAGGCUAUGAAACAUAUACAAAGCGAAACUCAACGACUACUAAGAGAAACUGAAGUUUCUCUUCCUUACCACAGACCAAAGCAGAGAACAUUAGAGGAGUUUUUAAAUAGAAGAAAAGUACUGUCAGCUCUUCCGAAAGCUCCAACAAUGGCAGCUAAAUUAAAAAUUUCAUCCGCUAUUAUCGAUAAAGCACUGAAAGAAAAAGAGGAAGAAGCUGAAACAUUUUACAAAUCUUCCGAUUCUGAAGAAGAAAUAACAGAAAGUCAAUCGGUGGUAGCCGAUGCAGAAUAUAUACAAAAAACUAAGAAAGAAGUUGUCCCAAAAAAAUUGUUCGUCUGCGACGAGUUGCCUGUAAAUAGUAAAGAAGACGAUAACACAAGCGUAAUGCACGAAGCGAAUGGUAAUAUUACAGAAAUAAAUGAAACAAAAAAUUGUUCACCAAUGGAAAUUGAUACGGUGCGAAUAGAGGAGUUAGAAACAUUGAAAAGUAAUUGCGAUACUACUGCUACAGAGAAUGCUAAUGAACAUAUUUUACCUAAAAUUACAAAUGAGGUUGAAGAAUCUUGUAAGGAAGGAGAUACCAUAUUACAAGAUGAAAUCAUUGAAAAUAAAGAUAAUGAAAUAAAUACGGCGAAGAAAAGUCCGCAAGGAAAAUGUGAGAAUGAGAAAUAUAAUUUACGGACCGAUGACGACUCUUCGAAUGAGUCUAGUUCCAACGUUAUCGACUAUGCGAAAAUGGUAAAACAAUCACUAGGGAUAACUGCAGAAGAGUCGGAUGAAUACAACGAAUACGGCCUAUCACCACCGAAGUUGGAUAUUACUCCAAAGGCUAACGAGAAAAAAACAUUAUCAAGAACGCGAAAUACAACUCCUAAAUUAAGAGGCGCGCCAGGUACAGUGAUCGAUUUAACAGGUGACACGAAACCAAAUAAAAAUCCAAUAAACGCCUUCCUAGACAGGUUUGUAUACAAGCAUUCGAAAAUAAAAAAUGCAGCAAACGAUACAUCGAAAGUGACGGUAACGCAAAUGAUAGAAUCUCCUGAUGGAUCAUCGAUCGAAGUUAAAGAGACACUGCCGUAUAAACCUAAAAAUUCCGAGAAAAUGGAUCCCAAGUUACAAAAACCUGGAGCGAAAUUGUUGCUCUUGAAGCAAGAAUUAAAAGAGAAAAUAGCACUGAAGCGCGAUGAAGAGUGGAAGGAAAAAGAACAGGAGAUGAAGGAACAUGAGAUAGAAUGGAACGAGACUUUCGACGAGGGAGACAAGUUUAGCAAAUUGCCAAGUAUUGCGACAUACGAAAGCGAGGAGGAUGAAUUGGAAGAGGAUGAUAUGUAUGAAAAGAAAGAAAAGAAAAGACGUAAAUGUGAAUUUGUAGACGAUGAAGCGGACGUUAGCGACGAUGAAAUAGACGAGCAGGAUGGAAUUAUAGACGAGGAUGAAGACGAGGAUGAGGAUGAAAAUGUGGAAAAAGACGAGGAAAGUUUUAUUUUAGAAGACGACGAAAGCAGUACCUGCGAUAGCAUCGAUGUAAAACGUAAAUCGUUUAGACGAAUUGUAGAACCCAUAGAAGAUGAUUCACGAUCCUGUGAUACGUUGAAUAACGAAGUUGCUGCAAAUAUGGAUAACGAAAAACGUUUAUCAUCGACAACGACGCAUUCGGACAUGUUUCACGAAAGCCCAAGCGAGAAUGAAAAGGACAUUCCAGUUUCUCAGGCACACGUUGAAAAUGAUUUGGAACAUAAACUGAAUCGUACACCGGUAAUUAGAAAAACUAAUAAUUUUAGUUUUGUUUCUCCCGCGACGCAAUUAACUGCGUUGAGUUCGCGUCUAGAGGAUUUAAGACAGAUGACUCCGAUCAGAGAAGAAUCGUUGGUAGAAGAGUCUAAUCCCAAUUUGAUAGAAAGUCCUCGAAUUGGUGAAUUAUCGCAACAGUGCGGUUCGGAUAGUCGACCAACGAUGCCUAAAAAACUAUUUUUUACCGAUCAAAAUGAUAUAAUGGAAGAUGAACUGAUGGAACUGUGUUCUGGUAAGUUCAUGACCUGCGAGCCAGGUAUGAGUCUUGAUUAUGCAAAAUUGCCAGAUGCAACGGCAGGUGGGAACCUACCGGACAGUGAAAAUUUGGAGAAAAAUUUGCAAGAAUCACCAACGAAAAGGAACUCUGUAUCCACUAACGGAGACGCUAUCCGCGAACAACUAAAGGGAAACUAUGAUUCUAGAGAGAAGUCAAGCGUUUCGUCGAAUACCGACGACGAGGAUGAAGAUUCGACGAUGCAAGAAAUUUCGAAUCGAACGAAGAAAAAAGUAACGAGAUUAGAGUUAUCCGAUGACGAGGAAGAAAACGAAUGUUCGGUAUCCAGCGGCGACGAUAUCCGAAGCGAAUGCGACGAAGACAAAUUUAUAGAUUACGAUUCGGAGGAGAACGAGGUUGUUGUUCCAAAGAAAAGCAUAAAACAAUAUGCUGCCACGUUUUUGGAAAACGAAGCUGAACUCAGCGAGAGCGACUGCGACUGCGACGUGUCCGCGGACGAAGAUGAAGAGGAUAUGGAUGACUUGGAAUUGGAAGAAGGGGAUGACGAAGAAAUCGACGAGACACAAGUGAAAAAUCAGUUGGGUAAACUUCAUAUGAAACAGUUAUUAGACGAGGAUCAGAAAGAAGUGCGGAUACUCAAGGAAUUAUUAUUCGAGGAGGGCGAUUUGUUCAGCGAAAGCGGCCGAGAACGAAAGUUCAAGUGGAAAAAUAUAAAUAAACAAGAUGCCAACGAUCAAUCGCAACCGUGCGAAGACAAAGACGGUUGCGUCGAUUUAUCGGACGAAGAAGACGAAGCAAAAUGGCGGAAAAUAAGACACGAGAGAGAGAAGUUUUUAGCGGAAAAGAUGAUUAACGUGGACACCGAAAUCGAGAGUGAUUUGAACAACAGUCAAAUAUUUAAAUUUGGUAUGAAAAUCUUGAAGAAGAGGCGUAUCGACGGAAAUCAAACGGAAAAUACGUUGCUGGAUUCGUCGGUUUCCGCAGCCGAAACAAGAAUGCCUCACACCGUAGCGGAGAUGUUGAAUAGUUCAGAUUUAAAAGGAAAUUCUCGCGUGAUUCAUAAGGUCCUGCGGAAGCGUUCGAUUCUCGCGAGGGGAGAAGAGACCCUGGCGCGUCUAGCUGUUUUGGCAAGACAAAAGGAUGCGCCAGUGCUGUCGAAAAAUGCCAAAAAUUUUGUUUUCACGCACAUCGAUACGGCAGAAGAAACAACUACGGAAACCAUUGGAAAACGGAAAGCGAACGCUGCGAAGUAAGAGGAAAAAGUUGAUGCGUAAUAUGUCUUUACGAUACACAAAUAUAUACAUGUAUAUGUUUUUAACAAUUAGAUUUUAAUGUACAUAGAGAUUAAAUAACUCAUUGGCGCAUGGACGUUUUUGAUAAUUAUACAUAUGUAUAUAAGUAUGCUGUAAAGAAAUAUUUAUAUAAAUAAAAUGUUACGAACUCGAUAAUAUUUAUCGAUGUAAAUCGAAAUAUAUAUUCGAGUUUUGUACGAAGCGACUA